AAUCCCUAAUUUAAAAAAAUCGACAUUCUCAGAGUUCUUUUAUCUCUUUUAUAACACUUUUGAGCAUUAAUUUAAGUUUUAACGUUUCAAUUCUGGAAUUAUUACUUAUAUUGUGUUGAGUUGUAACAUUUCAAAUAAGGUAAACCCAGGUAAAAUCAUAUGCGCAUCUUCUUUGUUCACUUCACUUCAGUACCGAGAAGAAGUUAACAGCGGCAACAACGUAUUUGUAUUGUCAAAAUGGCGGAGAAGAGGAAAGGCAAGAAGCGCAAAGAUGAGUAUGUUCCUUCUGAUGAGGAAGUGCCUGAUCUGCCGUCCAAAGAUGAAUAUGACGUUGGAAACUGGAUGAAGAAAAACGUGCCCACCAAGAAAACGAAAUUCCUGUCCCACAAUGUCAUCUAUUUUACAGGAAAGAGAGCCGUAGACGCGCUCGUCGAAUCAAAGUACUACAACGAGGAGAAUGGAAUGUUCAGGUCGCGUGAGGCAGUCGUCGACUUCCUGGACGGUAUGCUGGCCCACAAGUUCUUCCAUAGGGCGCGCAAGGUGCCGAUCCAGGACUCCGAAUUGCGGAAGAAGAAGGACAAGAAGGCGGGCGGCGAGUCGGCCACCGAGGACGACAAGAAGAAGGAGAAGGAAAGGGGCACCGACGCCGAAAGCAGUGUAGUGGAAUCAAAGGACAAAGAUGCGGCGAAGGAAAAGCGCAAGAAAAAGAUCAGACUAGAGAUGCACAAUGACCAACGUUUCGUCGAUUCGCUGGACGCGUACGUGUGGAUCUACGAUCCGAUUCCGCUUUACUAUUGGAUAAUCGGUGCCCUGGCGUUGCUGGGUUGCGUCGGUUUGUGCCUAUUCCCUCUGUGGCCACAAUCCGUCAGACUGAUCGUGUACUAUUUGAGUAUAGCGGCGGCCGCCUUCCUAGUGUCGAUCAUCGUUCUGGCCGUGCUACGUCUGAUCUUCUUCUGUCUCGUUUGGGUGCUAACGCUGGGUAGACAUCACAUUUGGAUCCUGCCGAAUCUGACCGAGGACGUAGGUUUCUUCGCGUCGUUCUGGCCCGUGUAUACGUACGAGUAUAGAGGUGAUGGCUACGUGCCGGCGAAGAAGGGCAAGAAGAAAAAGAAAAAGGACAAGGAUUCGGAUGCGGAAACUGAGACGAACACCGGGACGUGCGACAAAACGGACAAGUCGCCCGACACUGUUGGCAACGCUUCUGGCGACGAUAGACCGAGUGAUGUAGACGCCAACGAAGGAACAAGUUGUGCGGAACCGGUCCAGGUAUCCGAAUCUGAUAGCGAAUCUAGCCAGCGGUCAAGCACCGGCCGCGAUUUCGAGAUGGUCGAAAAAGGCGACAUUGAUUCCUAACAUCGACCCUUCUGCGGGAGUCCGUAGUUUUUAAUUGAAUGUGCACACAUACACCCAAAUAUAUUCUUUGGUAUUGUUGUACUUUCUUCCCCCUGAUGUUUAUGGUAUCCUAUUUUAGAGAAUGUUUUAAUUUUACACAAGAUACACAAUAGAAUCAGUUACCAUUUUCAACUGAAGGUUCCGUUAGAUUGGUGUUUUUUUUUUUCUUUCUUUUUUUCUCACUCGUGUCUUUCCUAAAUCUUAAGGUUUUCUUUUUAAAGUGCAUUUGGAAUCUAUGCCAUUUUUUAAAUCGUUAAAUAUACAGAUAUAUACAUAUGUAAAUUAAGUCAAGAAUAAAUGAUAUAUUGUUAUAGGAAAAUUGCAUUUAUUUUUCAGUUUUUUUUCUGGACGCAUAUUUAUUCUUAAUUUGGUAGGCUAGAAAUUAGUUGGACUUACUUAUACUCAAUAAAUACAACUAUAUUAUUUGUAUAUUAUUUUAUUAUUGGUGCUACUAUAAUAUACACUUAAGUCGA